UCCCUUCCGUGUUGUGGUUUCGCUUCUCUCGCCAUGUCGGUGAAUAUGGAGGAACUUCGGCAUCAAGUCAUGAUUAACCAGUUCGUGCUGGCUGCGGGCUGUGCGGCGGAUCAAGCGAAGCAGCUACUGCAAGCUGCACAUUGGCAAUUUGAGACGGCUUUGAGUGCAUUUUUUCAAGAAACCAACAUUCCCAACACCCAUCACCAUCAUCAAAUGAUGUGUACACCCAGCAAUACUCCAGCCACGCCACCCAACUUCCCAGACGCUCUAGCAAUGUUUUCCAAGCUGCGGACUUCAGAGAAUCUCCAGAGCAGCAAUAGUCCCAUUACGUCCAUGGCAUGUUCUCCUCCAGGGAGCUUCAGCCCUUUCUGGGCCUCUUCGCCUCCCAACCACCAACCUGCCUGGAUCCCUCCUUCAUCACCCACCAGCCACAAUCUCCACCAUCAUCUUCAUCAUCAGCAGCCCAUGUGGCCUCCUGUGUCUCAGCCAGCACCCCCCCAGCAGAAAGCCAUGGCAGCAAUAGAUGGCCAGAGAUAAGACUUAACCUUUUUGAAAUGGGAAAGAAGAUGGGGCAAGGGGGGGGGAGAAGAGGAUAUGGCAAAUCUGAGGCACGGGAAAAUGGGAGGGG